AUGUUGAACAUCGUUGAUGUGGUUCUUUCUCCACCACCUCCCUCACCCCCUCACUGUGAAGCUGCCCCAAAACCCACAAAAAAGAACCCUGUCCAUGUUGCUGACGACCCACUGAAGCCGCCCCUCCCCCGCAACAGGGAUGUGGGCUCGGGCACCUUCCUGCCCCUGCCCUUGCCUGCCUGCUUGCCCACCACCACCUGCUUGCCCUGCUCGCCUACCAUCGCCCUCUCCACCAGGCAGAGAAUGGCAACAUGGCAGCAGCAGGAUGACGAUGGCGGGGACAGGACGAUGACGACGGGGCAGGAUGAUGACGACGAUGGCAGGGGAAAGAUGAUGAUGGCAAGGGGCAAGACAACAACGGCAAGGGGCAAGACGACGAUGACAGCAGCAGGGGUGAAGGGUGCCCCCGCCCUUGCCCCUCGUCCAUGCCUCCGUCUUCUCCCUUGCCCUGUUGCCCUCUGCCUUGCCCUGUUGCCCCUUGUCCGCCCCUCUCUCACCCCUCGUUCGCCCACUUCCUCACUGUCUUGCCCCUCGUCCGUCCACCCCUGGCAUCCCUCGUCCACCCCUCAUCCGUCCCUCGUCAACCCCUCAUCCACCCCUCACUCGCCCCUCACUCGCCCUCGCCCCUCGCCCACUCUCCCUCUUGCCCACUUGCCCUUCCGCCCACUUGCCCUUCCGCCCACUUGUCCUUCCGCCCACUCGCCCACCUCGCCUUCGCCCUCUUGCCCUCUUGCCGUCACCCUUUCGCCCUUUCGCCAUCACUGUUGCCGUUUGCCAUCGCCGUUUGCCCUUCACCCCCGCCGUUUGCCUCCUGCUCAGCACCUGCCACUAGCAGCCCAAGCAGAAGGGGGAGCACGGGGGAGCAUGAGGAGGGGGGAGCAUGAGCACCCGAAGAAUCCCCACAAGCACCCGAAGAGGCCCAACGAGCACCCGAAGGGGCAGAGGGGGCAGAAGGGGGCCCCACGAGGCCCCACCUGGAAGCAAAUUCUUGUGUCGUGUGGGGGCACCCCUCCUGACCUCACAAAAUUCUUCACCGAAUUGGCCGUCACCUCCAUCGUCUGUGCCUACGACAGCCUAUCGUUGGUCACCCCCGCCAUUGCCAGCCAGUCCGACCUGGACAUCCUGCGCAACUUCAUCUGUGAGAGCCUCCCAACAAGUACCCCGUUCGCAGUUGCACUCCCAUCAUCGACAUCUUUUAUAAAGAUUCUCGAUGUUCCUUACUUCGAUCUGAAGGGGUUGAAGAUCACCCAGGAGGCGCUUGAAAAGGCCCUUCACACCUCAGUUCAUGCUGAGGUUUUUGCAUAUCUGAGCACCAAGCCUCGGAUCGACCGCAACUCGGCGCACUCUACAUCGUGCACCGUGUACUGCAACAUCUGGGACUCCCAGCAGGGAACCCGUGCCAAGAAGGCCCUUGUGUCAUGA